GGCACAUGCAGGUCGCACGUUGGUCAUGCGCUGCAAAAUCAGUCGAACGCCGUUCGUACACACGAUAAGUCACGUGUGGCUCUAGCUCUGGUAAUAAUUUAGCAAAAAUAAAUACAUAGUUGGUUUUUAUAUAGGCAUCAAGUUGACCACAAAUUUAUAACUCUAACCUGUUCAUUCAAAAUAAUUGUGUAUUGUUAAUUUUUACUACGAAAAUGGAACAUAAUCUUCAUAACAAUACGCCGGUUCAUUGGGGUUACGGAGCGGCUCCCGUGGCGACUACGCCGCACAGUCACUGGGCUCCACCACCGCAAAGUCAUAGCUUGAAACGCGCAUUGUCCGAAAGUGAUUGUGAUGAACUCUACUCUGAGGAAUCGUCGAAAGAACAAGUUUCGCCCAGUGAAACUGGAAGUUGUCAGUUAUUGACACGUAAGAAAAGACGAGGUGUUAUUGAGAAGAAGCGACGGGAUCGCAUAAAUUCUUCACUCACUGAGUUGAAACGUCUCGUGCCGACGGCUUAUGAAAAGCAAGGUUCUGCUAAAUUGGAGAAAGCUGAAAUCUUACAAUUAACCGUGGAACAUUUGAAAAAUCUGCAAUCAAAAGGUAUUGAAUCGUUUAGCUAUGAUCCUCAACGCUUCGCCAUGGAUUACCAUAUUAUCGGCUUUCGAGAGUGUGCUGCCGAAGUGGCGCGCUACUUAGUGACCAUAGAAGGUAUGGAUAUUCAGGAUCCACUCCGCCUACGCCUCAUGUCGCAUUUGCAGUAUUUCGCGCAACAGCGUGAAUUGUCGGCCAAGAGUUGUGCCAGUCCCGGCGGAUGGACUUCGGCGUCCGCAUCCAGUGGCUAUCAGACAAAUUGUAGCGCAGCACCUUACCAACCUUACCCAGGCACACCUACUGCUCACCCCAGCCUCAAYCCCACGUAUAUGCCCACACCAAUACAUGCCUAUCCCACACUGAGUACCUCGCCAAGCAGCACUACACACCUUCAGCCGCAUCCGCACCACCUUCAACAACACAGCACACAACAACAACAGCUGCAGCAGCAAGCGGCGUCAGGACAGGUUAACCGAGCUUCUUCGGCCAAUGGAACAGUGCCAAGUGAGACGAUGCCYAUAAUAAGUCACGCAACCAAUCAGCCAAAUCAACAACAGCAGCAAUCGCUCGCAACGCAUCAAACACAAGCAGCGUCGUCACAGUUGCAGCAAACACCUGUGUCGCACGAAUCACAUCUUCAGCAACAACCACAACAGCCGCCACCAYCGCAAGCGCAGCCGCAGCCUCAACACUACACGCAAGAACACACGCACACCGAUCAACAAGGCGUCACUUAUGCGGACUUAUCCAACGCCCAGGCUCACAUUGAUCAUCGCAAUCCCACAGCGGCCAUUGCCGCAACUGGUCUGAACUACCCUGGCUCCACACAUUAUCCGGUUGCAGCUGCACAGGAGUACAAUUCAAAUUACGUGGCUGCGAACGGUUCCAAGCCAUAUCGACCAUGGGGUGCCGAAAUGGCCUAUUAACGGCCAUAUGSAAAUGUAUAACAAUAACUUCGGCUAACUGUUGUUGAAAAAAGCGGAUUAAUGAUAUUCAUAACCUAGUCACGAAAGAUAACAAAAAUUUAAGUCCAACUUACCUAAUUUAUUUGUAGAAAUUAUGAAAUAAGGAAAAUAUUAAUGUUAACAUUUUCUAACUAUUCUAUAUGUGUGUGAAAUCUUCUUACAUAUACAUAUGUAUGAAUACAGUGAUCCAACGGGUACAAAUAUUCACUUUAAGGGGUUUCCCGGAAAAUAAAUUUAAGCUUUGAUAUACACUAAACGUAAGAAUAUUUGGUAAAUAUAUCUUUAUUAUAAGUUAAAUAGUACCUUAUAUUAGGCUCUAAAAAGAGCAAUUGCAAAGUAUGAUUCUAAGGGUAGGUAAAAAGAGUACUUACAUAACACCUUAUGUAAGGGUUGGUAAAAAGAAUAUCCAUGCUAAAGCUACUUAUGUCCGAGAAAUCGCUAAUUAUAAUAAUGAAAUAAUAACACUUACGACUGUUAAAUUAAAUUUUUACUUUAUUUUUAAUUUUUUCUUGCUGACCAUACCAUAACUCAGAUUAUUCUAAAACUUUGUUUUCCGACUCUAUUUUAAUUUUAUUGUAGCUGCAGUUUUUAAAGUAGCGCUUCUUCCACGGACUAAAAUCAUUGCAUCUGAUAAUAAGAAAGAUCAGAAAAGUUUGAAAUUAA